AAUCACCUGUCCUGAAACUGUAUAUAAUUAUGUUCCUUCCCAGUACCUUCCCUCAGUUCUCCACCUGCCGCCACCGAGGAUUCUCGCCUCUUCUUCUGAACAGUACUGUCAUUCAGCACAACUACAUCAUACCGAGAGACCAUGGCUGCCGUAACUCGACAACCAGGGAGCUACCAUCCAUCAGACUUCCAGACGGGCCUCUGCGACGUCUUCAGUGACUGUGGGACAUGUUGUUAUGGUUGGUGGUGCUUCCCUUGUCUGAGCUGUUCUAUCGCCAGUGAUAUGGAUGAGUGUUGUCUGUGUGGGCCAACCAUGGCCAUGCGCGCCAUGUACCGUACCAGAUACAACAUUAAGGGCUCCUUGUUUGGGGACUUCUGUUCUAUCUUGUGGUGUAGGGUCUGCUCUACCUGUCAGCUGAAGAGAGACAUAGAUCUGAGGAAGGAACAGGGGAUCUUUUGAGCUCAGAUGGCGCCAGAUGCCUGAAGAAAAAGAUUUGAGCUCCACUUCCAGUCUUCUGAAUUCGUUUUUGCUUUUGAGACAAGAAACAGAAAGCAAUAAAUGUCCGGUAUUCUUUUUACCAAACAUAAUUUGUCAAUAUAAAUGCUAUUAAAACGCUCCAAUGCUACAAUAGUAGGA